UCGAUUAUCUCCCCAGAAAACUAUACAAAUUGUCUCCUGUCCCUCCCUCCUGUCCAAACCAAACACCACUUCGGUUCCUACGAAUUCACCCCGACCACCUGGACCGUUCCCUCGCCGAACACAUACGGCACAAUGGGCCUAACAGAGAGCCUUACUGAGGCCGUCCUGAUCCCAAUCAAUGCGCAGAUUUCGGAGCGUGGUCUCGGCGUCGUGGCAGCCGUCGGAUUCGCGUCGUUCAUCGUCCUCGCUGUCGUCCUCAAUGUCUUGAGCCAGCUUCUUCCCCAAAACCCCAAUGAGCCGCCGCUUGUUUUCCACUGGUUCCCCAUCCUCGGAAACACUAUCAGCUAUGGAAUGGACCCAUACCCCUUCUUCUUCAAGUGCAGAGAAAAGUAUGGUGAUAUCUUUACUUUUAUCCUCCUCGGAAAGAAGACCACCGUAUACCUUGGAACAGCUGGCAACGAGUUCAUCCUCAACGGCAAGCUCAAGGACGUGAACGCGGAGGAGAUCUACACAAAGCUCACCACGCCAGUUUUCGGUACCGGAGUUGUCUACGACUGCCCCAACUCGAAGCUCAUGGAGCAGAAGAAAUUCGUGAAAGUCAGUCUCACCACCGAGACAUUCAGGUCCUACGUGCCCCUUAUCGUCCAGGAGGUCACCAACUUCAUCAAGACCAGCCCGAUGUUCAAGGGUCCCAGCGGUAAAACCGACGUUCCCGCAGCCAUGUCUGAGAUCACCAUCUACACCGCUUCCCGUACACUCCAAGGGAAGGAAGUCCGAUCCAGGUUCAACGCCGAAUUUGCCAACCUCUUCCACGACCUCGACAUGGGCUUCACCCCGAUCAACUUCAUGCUUCACUGGGCACCUCUGCCACAAAACCGUGCUCGCGAUCGCGCUCAGAGAAUCCUUUCCGAGACAUACAUGGAGAUCAUCCAGGAACGUCGCGCCGGAAACGUCCCUGAUGAGAAUGAGCACGAUUUGAUCCGACAUCUGAUGGCAUCGGUUUACAAGGACGGCACCCCUCUCCCUGACAAGGAGAUUUCACACAUGAUGAUUGCCAUGCUCAUGGCGGGACAGCACUCCUCGUCAUCGACCAGCUCCUGGAUGAUGCUUAACCUCGCCGCCCGCCCCGAUAUAAUCGAGGGACUCUACCAAGAACAGAUCCGCCUCCUAGGCGCCGACCUCCCCCCCUUGACCUAUGAGAACUUGGGCAAGCUCACCCUGAACAACGCCGUCCUCAAGGAGACCCUCCGUCUCCACACCCCCAUCCACUCCAUCCUCCGCAAAGUCAAGUCCCCCAUGCCCGUCCCCGGAACCAACUUCGUCAUCCCAACAACCCACACCCUCCUCUCCUCCGCCGGUGUCACCGCGCGGAUGGAGGAGUACUUCCCCGACCCUCUCAAGUGGGACCCCCAUCGCUGGGACGCAGGCGCAGCCGGCGUCCAGAUGGGCGAGAUCAAGGAGGAGCACGAGGACUACGGCUACGGCAUGAUCAGCAAGGGCGCCACGUCGCCCUACCUGCCCUUUGGCGCUGGCCGCCACCGCUGCAUCGGCGAGCAGUUCGCCGGCCUGCAGCUCGGGGCCAUCAUCGCGACCAUGGUGCGCGAGUUCAAGUGGAGGCUGCCUGACGGCGUGAACGAGGUUGUCGGCACGGAUUACAGCUCGCUGUUCUCGCGGCCGCUGACCCCGGCCAUGAUUGUGUGGGAGAAGCGGGAGAAGAACUAAGGGCCAGCCUGUGAUAAGGUCGCUGCAGAGAUGGAUGGUUGGGAGUACGGAUUGGCGGGCUCCGCGGAGUGUAAAUAAUUGUACUGGGCGGCGUUUGGAAUGACAGGAAACAGAUAUAUAGAUUUACCUAAUAUCACAUAACAGUUUGAGUAGCCGGUUCUAGAUACCGAAGCAAGAAUGCCCUUUCUCCCACUCUCUCGCUCAGUCACCGUGAACCCCCCGUUUCCACAGGCAACCGCGUAUUGCACUACGUUCGGACCUCGCCUCACCUCUCCCUCCCCUCCUCUGCCCCCCAACCGGCGAGGCCGCCCACCAGCCCUGCCAUCACCAC